ACAGUCAGUUCUAUUCACAGGUUCAGUCACUGUGAAAAAAUAUAUCGUCAAUAGAUUUCUUACCCUCAUCACUCUCGAUGAUAAAGAUUGGUAAGCGUUGGGAGGCAAAUUUCCGGAAGACAUCAUUUUGAUGAAUGUGAGAUGGGUUUGAUAUCUUGAAAUGCGUCUGAGAAACGAAAUUUGACUGACAAAUCAACCGGAUCACACAAUCAUGGCGAUCAAAAUCUAAUUUAAUUUAGUCAUUACCCACAAUGCAUCACUUGAUUGAUUUCACCUUCGACCUGAAUAAUACAACAAAGGAUGCUUAUGAAAACAGGGCAUCGAGGCUAGGGUGAGGGGUUUUCUUGAGCAUCGGGAUUCGCUUUGUUUAGUCUUAUAGUUUGCAUUAUUUAUCUAAAGAAUGGAGAAAAAAGACAAGGAAUCCGGUGGCAGCACGAACAACAGUGGAGACGAAGGCGCUAAAAAGAGGGAGAAAAAUAGCCCUCCGCAGUCAGCGCAGCAAGGCCAGGGCCAGGGGACAGCGACUGCAAGCCUACCCGCCUCGGCCAGCUCCAGCGGGGCAGAACCGAAGACAACCAUGACAUCCCACGGCCACACUAGCGGUCAUGGGAGUGGGAAGUCAUCCAGUUCUCAAGCUUUGGGCUCUGGAAAGCAUCGUCCAACACCAGUUUACAGCAUCAUGCCAGUUUCAAGCUAUGGAUCAAGCCACAAAGGCCAUGCCUCCAAUGGAAGUGAUGAACCUCUCCGAAGAACAAGCAGGAGGAAAAGACCACGGGUUGAGUAUCGGGAAAUGGAUGAAAAAUUGGCGAAUCUUUCUGAGGAUGAAUACUUCUCAGAAGAAGAGAGACAAUCCAAGAGAACGGCCAAAAACCCAGAAGAAGAGGAACCGGAAGAAGAGCUGUCUGAACCAAAAGGUCUGGAGGGUGCUGCUUUCUCUGCCCGUCUACCCCAUGAUAAGAUGACAUCCCAAGAGGCUGCCUGCUUUCCUGAUAUCAUACACAGUCCCAUGCAAACCCAGAAACUAUUCUUGUACAUCAGGAACAGGAUUCUUCAACUUUGGCUUGAGAACCCUAAAGUACAGCUGACCUGUGAGAUUGCCCUUCCUCAAAUUGAAGCACCAUAUAAUAGUGAUGUUCAACUGAUCGUACGUGUUCAUGCCUAUCUAGAAAGGCAUGGCUAUAUUAACUUUGGUGUUUAUAAGAGACUCCAACCACCACCACAAAAAUCUUCAUACAAGGUUAUCAUUAUUGGAUCAGGUAUAGCUGGGUUGACUGCUGGCAGGCAGCUCCAGACAUUCGGUAUCGACGUCAUCCUCCUUGAAGCUCGAGAUCGGGUUGGUGGACGUGUAACAACAUACCGCAAGAACAACUAUGUGGCUGACCUUGGUGCCAUGGUGGUAACUGGCCUUGGUGGAAACCCAAUGACCAUUAUCAGCAAACAGGUCAACAUGGAGCUAGCUAAGGUCAAGCAGAAGUGUCCACUCUUUGAGAGUGGUGGCCAGACGCAAAUCCCUAAGGAUAAGGAUGAGAUGGUAGAGAGAGAAUUCAAUCGGUUACUUGAAGCGACAUCGUACCUCUCUCAUCAACUAGACUUCAAUUACCUCUUAGGCAAACCCGUCUCAUUAGGCGAGGCUCUGGAACUAGUCAUCAAAUUACAGGAGAAGCAGGUGAAAGAGAAGAAAGGAGAUUAUCUGAGAAACAUUAUCAGUCUUCAAGAUGAACUCAAGCAAGUACAGUCCAAGAUAUUGUCCUUACAAGAUAAGAUCAAGGAACUGAACAGACAGCACAAGAAAGCCACAGAGAGCAAACAGACCAGGGACAUCACUGCUGAGUUUGUGGUUCGUAGUAAACUCAGAGAUCUCAAUGCAGCAUGCAAGGAGUAUGACAAUGAGAAAGAGAAACAGAAGGAACUUGAAGAGAAGAUCCAGGACUUAGAAAACAAUCCACCAAGCGAUGUUUACCUCUCAUCUCGGGACCGUCAAAUCCUUGACUGGCACUUUGCUAAUCUAGAGUUUGCCAAUGCCACGCCCCUCUCCACCCUAUCCCUCAAACACUGGGAUCAGGACGAUGACUUUGAGUUCUCAGGAAGUCAUCUGACCGUUCGUAAUGGCUAUUCCUGCGUCCCAGUGGCCUUGUCCGAGGGAUUGGACAUCAAGCUCAAUACCGUGGUCAGACAGAUCAAUUACACAUCUACAGGUGUAGAGGUGGUAACCCAGAGCAUCAAAGGUCAGAGUGGUAGCACUACAUUCAAGGCUGAUGCUGCCCUCUGUACCCUUCCUCUAGGAGUCCUCAAGCAAGCUCCACCCGUAGUCCACUUCUCACCUCCUCUACCGGAGUGGAAGACAAGUGCAGUACAGAGAAUGGGAUAUGGUAAUCUUAAUAAGGUGGUGCUGUGUUUUGACAAGUGUUUCUGGGACCCAGUCAUCAAUCUGUUUGGUCACGUUGGAAGCACCACUGCCAGCCGCGGGGAGCUGUUCCUCUUUUGGAAUCUCUACAAAGCUCCUGUUCUUCUAGCCCUGGUGGCCGGUGAGGCUGCUCAGAUCAUGGAGAAUGUCAGUGAUGAUGUCAUUGUUGGUCGAUGUCUCACUGUUCUCAGGGGUAUCUUUGGAAACAAUGCUGUACCACAGCCCAAAGAUGCUGUGGUAACCCGUUGGCGUGCAGACCCAUGGUCCAGAGGAUCCUACUCAUAUGUUGCUGCAGGAUCGUCAGGCAACGACUACGAUCUGAUGGCCACACCUGUGACUCCUAAACCCAUCGUGCCUGGAGUGCCACCCCAGGCCAAUAACCUCCCAAGGCUCUUCUUUGCAGGUGAACACACCAUCAGGAACUACCCAGCCACUGUCCAUGGUGCUCUCCUGAGUGGUCUUCGGGAGGCAGGACGCAUUGCUGAUCAGUUCCUAGGAUCCCCUUAUGCUCCACCGGCUAGGAGAUAAUUCAGACUUUGAAAAAACAGUGGCGGCCCUGAAUAUUGAAAUGUGCAACACAUCAGGAUGUGCUGAAAUGUACAUGUAAUUGGUGUGUUGAUCCUAUUCUCUGCUGGAUAUUCUUGCAAGUUUUAUAGUCAUUAGCUAGAACUGACUGCUACAUAUUUUUCGUGGGAUUUGUCAUGAACAUCUUUUCUUCAACUUCUACCUGGAAGACAUGAAGCUGGACUCUAAGCCAAGGGAAAUGCCAAUAUUCAUUAUUGAUUGAUCAUAUUAAAUAGUUGUGCUAGGGGAAAUAGAAUUACCUUCUGCUCUGUGUGAGCAAAUCAACUGUGGCAUAUCCUGGAAUAGCCAGUGUUACUAAACUGUAUCCAAAGUAUAUAUUUAGAAUAGUCUCUUCAAGCAUUGUAGCAUUGUAACCUUGCUGUUCAUUUUCAAGAAGUAGACUUUAUUUUGAUUUUUUUUCCAGAGCACAAGCUUGAAAUGGAAUUGGAUUUCAUGAUCUUUCUCUCAAGCUAUGAAUCAAGUCACACAUUUGAUUUAUUUUAUCUCGAUUUGCUGAGAUAUGAAUUGCAUUAAUUAUGAACUCAGUAAGAACUAGUGUUAAGCGCAGAGCGCUUCUUCAGUAUUGCCUGUUGAACAAAUGUAGUUCACUUAUCAUAUGCUACUAAGUUGCCUUACUGGCAUCAGACUUAUCAGAGGCCUCUCGGAGAAAGAGUGGUGUUUAAACACAAUCAUAGAAAUCAGAUGCAAGUCCGAAUGCUUAUAUUGAUUGGUUGGAAAUCAAAUUGAAUUUUUAGUGUUAUAUCUCUAUCUGCAACAGUCUCCAAAUUGAGUUACCUACCACUUCUUACUGCAAUAGCCAGUGUUCGUUCACAUUAUGUAAAGACAUUGUAUGACCAAGACCUAGAAACGGCCCUCUUGUUGGUAGGCAUGUGAUUUGUUAGAGCAAAGCACAUAAAUUGAUGGACCUCUGUAUUCGUGCAAACCUUUGCUCAGGAACGUACCUCUGACAUAAGGUGGCAAAACAACAUAGGCCAACUGAUUUAAAAAUAAGAUCAACAUUACUUGCUUGCCUUUUCAAAUAGUUAUUGAUAGGUGAUCUAUCAAAUUCUAAGGAUAUGCCCCUAUCAAUUCUGUAAAUGAAAUUGUAAAGUGUAUAUAUUUUUUGUAAGGCAUGCUGAAUGUCACUAUUUUACAUUUGUUAUUAUUAUAUCAGGGUGAUCAUAUUAGUGUGUUCUUCAAUCUAAUGAUGCAGUUUGAGUCUCAUUAUUUUGGUACUAUUGUUACUAGUAUUUGUUGUAACAAACCCAUAAACAAAUAUGUACUCCUGGAAAAAUAAAAAUACAAUUUUUGCGAAAAUCUUCAAGUGUGAUCAGCCGGGAUGAAGUCAAGCGUAGAAGUUCUAAGUCACAAGCUGCUUGAAAAAAAAAAAUUAUCCCAUGAACUUGACUAGGCUGACUCAAUCUCUUGGUCUUACUUCAUAAAACUUGUUAUACAAUGCGUAUAGAAAAAGGUAUUCCAGGGAGUGAUUACCAGAGAUUAGUUGUCAAAAUUUGUAUUAACUUCAUUUUGAUAUGCACUGGAAUAACAAGUUACAAUAACAUCUCAAAGCUUAUGAAACUGGUCAAUUUGAUUGGCUGAAUUUAAACUUCUGCAUUUGUUAUGAAACAUGACCUCAAUAUUCAGAAAUAAUGCACAGGUGCAGCGAUAUCUAACAGACUAGAAAUUAAUCAUGUAUGGCAGGAUCCAACAAUUCUUUAUUUAAGAAGUGAUAAUCAAUUUGCAACAAAACAAAUUGAUUUAUGAAUUAAGUUUAUUCAAUGAAUAACAUGUGCAAGGAGAGCUUCAUGAAGUUAGUUACAUUCUCAAAUGAGAACUACAUGUAAUAAAAAGCCUCAUGUUGCAUGUAUUUUUUAUCGUUUUAAAGCCCAUAUCACACUUAUUUCGAAUCAGCAGAAAUCAAGCAGAAGCUGGAAAGAAAAAAAUAUUCAAAAAAUCUAGAAAUUUUUGGGAGGAACUUAUGAAUUCACCAAACUGGAGUUGAAAUUCAGUAAAUUGACCAGGUGUAUCAUCAUACACUAGUCAAAAUGAACCGCAAUGGAGUCAGAUUGAUAAUUCGUGCUACGUUCUUGGACAUUCUAAAUAUCCUGACUGCAUUCGAAAUAUUUUUGUCAUUUCUUUUGGCCGUCCCGAAGGUUUUGGUCAUGUUCAAAACAUUCGAGGGAUAUUUUCGAACAGUGUUCGAAGUAGAUUUAAAUGACCAACCGGUGGUCAAACAAUAGUCCUUUCAUUCAGGCCAAUUCUGCUUGAUUCGGAAUAAGUGUGAUGGGGGCUUAAUAUUUAGCAUGAGGUCAACACUUUUUGAGAAACAAAAUUUGUUAAAAGGUUAAGAUCAGGGCCAUUCAUAAAUAGUUGCAAUCGAUUGAAAAUAUUGGUUGUAUCUCAUGAUGUUACUUGGUCCUUGGUUUAUGAAAAUCUCAAUCCACAUGGUCACUGAGUGAAUGUUACUUACAUUGAUGUACCAUAUCACUUGAAUUAAUGAAGCAAGCACACAUUUGUCAUUCAUUCCAAUAUUUCAUGUAUUUAUUGACUCUUGUCGUUGAAAAUAAAUGUUAACAACAAAAGCA